AGGGCGGUUGUCACCUCCCGCCGCAAAACCUUAAACCCUUGAAGGAGCUCUGCUAACCCCUGUCGCAGCCAUUAAUCUCCGUUUCCUCACACACAGGGAGCAUGGAGCGAUCUCAGAAGACUCACAGGUCUCGUCAAUCUGGCCCCUCAGCCAAGAAAAAAUCCGAUACUGAUAAGAAGAAACGCGGCCUCACCGAUGAUAAGAAGCGAGACCCUAGUACUGAUAAGAAGAAACGCGACCUCACUGAUGAUAAGAAGCGAAACCCUAAGGCUUUCGCAUUCAAUUCAACUGUGAAAGCUAAGCGUCUACAGUCCCGCGCUUCAGAGAAAGAGCAGCGUCGCCUCCACAUUCCAACUAUUGAUCGCAAUACAGGGGAACCUGCUCCUUAUGUUAUCGUUGUCCAUGGCCCUCCUCAGGUUGGAAAGUCUCUACUUAUAAAAUCUCUUAUCAAGCACUACACCAAGCAUAACAUACCAGAUGUGCGAGGUCCAAUCACUAUUGUAUCAGGUAAACAAAGAAGGCUACAAUUUGUGGAGUGCCCAAAUGAUAUCAAUGGUAUGAUUGAUGCUGCUAAAUUUGCUGAUCUUGCACUUCUGCUUAUUGAUGGAAGCUAUGGUUUUGAAAUGGAAACAUUUGAGUUUCUUAACAUCAUGCAAGUUCAUGGAUUCCCAAAAGUUAUGGGUGUUCUUACACAUCUUGAUAAGUUCAAAGAUGUCAAGAAACUCAAAAAGACAAAGCAAAGACUCAAACAUCGUUUCUGGACAGAAAUUUACGAUGGAGCAAAAUUAUUCUACUUAUCUGGUCUUAUUCAUGGAAAGUAUGUGAAACGUGAAGUUCAUAAUCUUGCAAGAUUCAUUUCUGUUAUGAAAUUUCAUCCUCUUUCAUGGAGAACCAAUCAUCCUUACAUUCUAGUAGACCGUUUUGAAGAUGUUACACCUCCAGAUAAAGUGUCAAACAAUAAAAAAUGUGAUAGAAACGUGACAUUAUACGGUUAUUUACGUGGUUGCAAUAUGAAAAAAGGAACUAAAGUGCAUAUUGCUGGUGUAGGAGAUUAUAAUGUAGCAGGUGUAACAGGUUUACCUGAUCCUUGCCCUUUACCUUCAGCUGCAAAAAAGAAAGGGUUACGUGAUAAAGAGAAGCUUUUUUAUGCACCUAUGUCUGGAUUAGGGGAUCUUUUAUACGAUAAAGAUGCUGUUUAUAUAAACAUUAAUGAUCACUUUGUUCAGUUUUCUAAAAAAGAUGAUGAAGAUGAUGGUUCAGGAACUAGAGAUGUAGGUGCAGAUCUUGUGAAAUCACUUCAAAACACGAAAUAUUCUGUUGAUGAGAAGUUAAAUAAUAGUUUUAUCAAUUUUUUUAGUCAAAAAAGUGGAAAAAUUACAAAUGGUGAUGACAAUAACUCCAUUGAACCUAUGGAGGAAGCUAAUACUGUUGGUUCUGAAGAGGAAAGUGAAGAUGAAGAAGAUCUUGAUGACUCUGAUGAAGAUAACAACCCUCAUGAAAAGUCAACUGAUAGUCAAAAAGUCAAAGAUAACAUUCAGGAAGAAGUUGAGAUUCAUGAGGGGAGAAGAAGGAGAAAAGCAGUUUUUGGAAACGAAAGCGAGCUUGAUGAUCAAGAGGCUACAGAUGAUGAUGAUGAAGAUGAAGAAGAAGAUGAUGAUCAAAAUUCUUCUGAGGAAGAAGAGGAAGAGGAAGAGGAAGAAGAUCUAGAAGAAAAUGCAGGGAAUGCUUCGAAAUGGAAAGAAUCAUUAAUUGAAAGGACAAUAUCAAGAAAAAGCAUUAAUCUUAUGCAACUUGUGUAUGGGAAGUCUGAAACAAAACCAGAUGCCUCUUCCCAUGAAGAAGUUGAUGCAAAUGGAAGUGAUGAUGAUGAUGAGUUUUUCAAGCCCAAAGGUGAAGGAAACAAGAAAUCAAGCGAAGGAGUGGAGGGCAAUAUGGUAAAUACAGAAGAUAGUUCCAAGUUCACAAACUUUGCUAAUGUAAAAGACUGGAAAGAUGGAGAAACAAUUGAAAGCAUUCGUGAUCGUUUUGUAACCGGAGACUGGUCAAAGGCUGCUCGUCGAGUCGAAGGUGCUGACGUGGACGGUGAAAAUGACGAUGAUGCCCCUGUGUUUGGUGAGUUUGAAGACUUGGAAACAGGUGAGAAGAAUGAAGAUGAUGAUGACAACAAUAAAAAAGUCAAGAGUAAUAACAACAAAGCCAAUGAAGUUAGUUAUAUCGACAAGUUGAAAGAGGAAGCUGAGCUUCAGAGACAAAGAAAUAUAGCUGAACUGGAAGACUUGGAUGAGGCCACACGGUUAGAAAUAGAGGGUCACCGCACUGGAACCUACCUCAGAUUAGAAAUUCAUAAUGUCCCAUACGAAAUGAUUGACCAUUUUGACCCUUGUCAUCCUCUUCUCAUUGGUGGAAUCGGUCUCACUGAAGAAAACGUUGGAUACAUGCAGGCAAGAUUUAAGCGACACAGAUGGCAUAAAAAAGUACUAAAAACAAAAGAUCCAAUCAUUGUUUCAAUCGGAUGGAGGCGUUACCAAACACUCCCAAUAUAUGCCAUUGAAGACAUAAACGGGCGCCACCGUAUGCUAAAAUACACCCCCGAACACAUGCACUGCCUCGCCAUGUUCUGGGGCCCACUCGCCCCUCCCAACACCGGGAUCGUAGCCGUCCAAAAUCUCUCAAAUAGUCAGGCAUCAUUCCGAAUCACAGCUACUGCGGUUGUCCUAGAGUUCAACCAUUCCGCAAAAAUCGUUAAAAAACUAAAACUAGUUGGCGAACCGUGUAAAAUUUACAAAAAAACCGCACUUAUUAAAAAAAUGUUCACUUCUGACCUUGAAGUGGCAAGAUUCGAAGGCGCGUCGAUUCGAACUGUUAGUGGGAUUCGUGGACAAGUGAAAAAGGUGGGAAAGAUUGAGUUGGGUAAUAAGCCGAAAAAGAUGGGGGGAAAAGUUGAAGAAGGAAUAGCGAGGUGUACGUUUGAAGAUAAGAUUUUAAUGAGUGAUAUUGUAUUUUUGCGCGCGUGGACUCAAGUUGAUGUACCGUGUUUUUAUAACCCGUUGACAACCGCCUUGCAACCACGUGGCGACACCUGGCGCGGUGUGAGAACAGUAGCGGAAUUGAGAAGAGAAUAUAAUGUUCCAAUUCCUGACAACAAAGAUUCCCACUACAAGAGGAUAGAAAGACCAUUGAAGAAGUUCAACCCAGUUGUGGUCCCGAAAUCAUUGCAAAGUUCGUUGCCAUUCCGGUCAAAGCCGAAGGAUGUGAAGACAAAGAAGGAUGGAAGGGCGGUUGUUCCAGAACCACAUGAGAGAGAUGUUCAUAAACUGGUGCAGCAUUUGCAGUUGAUUAGGCAUAAUAAGAUGAAGCAGCAGAAAAUGAAGAAAAUGGAGAAGAAGAAAAAGUAUGAUGUGGAGAAAGCUAAGGAAGAAGUGGUGACAAAGAAACGUCAAAGGGAAGAAAGACGGGAGAGGUUUCGGAGCCAAGAUAAGUUGCAGAAGAAAAUGCGCAGAGAUUGAGGCCACUUAUAAUUUUUGCAUUUAAUGGUUUGUGUUUUUGUUAAGUUUUCGAGGCUUUAUGAAUAGUGGGAUAAACUUGAAGGUGAGAUUUGUAUUAUUUUAUAAUUUAGACUCGUACUGACGGCAAAAAUGUUGUAAAAUUUUGGUUAACUUAUAUAUGAGAUUGGUUUUCCUGCGGUUCGUUAAUA